AUGCCUAAGCCAAAGAAGAGCAAGGAACCGAAAAUCCCCGAACCCGAAGCGGCGCCCAGCCAAGAGCAAGAGGAACGGGCUGCCGACGAGCAGCGACGGCUCCGGGAAGCGGCCGCCCAAAAUCUGAAGGAAUACAACCAGCGGCGCGUGCUGUUGGUGGAAAGUGUAAAAUUAUUUCGCCGGCUCGAAAAAAGUGCCUCGGAGCACCGAUGUCAGCAAGCGGACCGGAAGCAGUGGUCCGAUUUUGUGUCCUGCCGUAAGCCUCCCGAUCCGAGCAGCGCUCCGGAGCUUCGCGAGGCCCUGUACCGGUGGCGCUAUCGGUGCGAGCAGCAAGAAAAGAGUUCCGUCAGCUGGACGCUGGCGGCCGACGAGCGAAGCCCGCUGACGCAGGAUGCGGCUGCGGUGGGGCGCAAAACGACCCGGCAAGAUCUGCGGCAACUGUACCGGAACAUAGGCGCAAUUUAUGUCCCGACGGUUCGCGAGGCCGUGGCGGUGCUGAAAUCGAUCGAGGACACGGAGCAGCAGCCUGGGGCCGAAGUGCUGCUGGCGAGGGACGAAAUCCGGAAGUUCAUUAGCGAUUCACUGGACAGGAUGACCUUUCGUGUUGGCAGCAACCUAGCCCGAGAUAUGGAAGUCCUGGAUCCAGUGAUGUGCGAGUUUCAGUACGCGAGCGAAGUUGUGGCCAUUUAUUUUUGGUCCUUUCGCCAUGUUCCUCUGCCGCCAGAUUAUAAUCUUCUUAUGAAAACGGUGAAUAUGGCCCCGCUCCGGCUCAUCCUGCACCGGCCACCGGCGUUUGAUUUAAAGAACGCGCUGAUCCGGGGCCUUUGGCACGGAUUCGAUCACUACAGCAGCAUGGACCCGACGCGGGUCGCAGGACCGCUGCUGCCCGGACCGGCCAAGGAGCUCAUCGCGGCCCAGGAACUGGAGUGGAACGAACGGCAGGAAGUCAGGCGGAAACGUCUGACAGCUUUGCGCCAGCUGCGGGAUGAUUACGAAAACGAACAGCGCCGUCGGCAAGCCGAAGCGGAAGCCGCGGCAGCCGAGCAGCAAAAGCCCGGCACAUCCGGCAGUCGGGCCGAGCCCAAAAAAGGGAAAACAAAACAAGCACCGGAACCGGCACCGGUUCCGGCAGUGAUUACCGGCGAAACCGAGGUCGACAUAGACGACGAGUAUGAGCGCCAGCAAAGCGAUCAGUUUUGGGACACUUUGGAGCCAAUCGGCCCCCGGUCACUACCGCUGCGGGACGGGUACGCGAAUCUGCGGGAGUACGCCAUCACGGGAGGGGUCUACAAACUCACACGCUUCACCAAACUGCCGCAACCGGUCGAGGUGCGAUCGGAUUUCAUCUUCACCUGCAAACCGGUCCGACUGGACCUGUCAGAAAGCCAACCGGAACUGGAAAGUGAGGAGCUGAUUAAAAUUGAACUCCUCCUGCCUGGCGGGUGUUUCUGGUGGGAAGAACCGACCGUGUGUCGCUGGGAACCGUGGGAAAAAAGUGACACAUUCCGGCAGCUAUCCCCGGCCGACACGGAACCGAAGCACGGCACGCGUCGAGCAAAAGUGCUGCCAGACUUCCGGCUUGUGGAUGUUCCGGUCGACAUCAGACGGCACUACCUGAUCCGGGACCACAUAUUAGCGCGACUCCCGGAAGGAUAUCGGUUCCACGCGGAGUUGAAACAAUUGUACUGUAUUCUGAGGGACCGGACCGCCCGACGGAAGGCCCUCGACCGGGAGCGCCUAGCCAGGAACGAACUGAUGCUGAAGUAUGAUCGAUUCCGGCAAGCCAAUCAACGACCCGCCGAGUGGACCCCUGUCUCGGAGCUACGCCUUCCCACUGAAGCUGACAUCGGAACAGCGGAACGCAGCGCCGGGGCCAGACGGAAGACCUCCAUCGCGUUGGUGCCGGAAAUGGAUGCAAAAUUGGACCACCUUUCACUGUUACACCCGGCGCAUCCUCGCUAUCUGCACCCUCCACAACCCGCCCGUCGUCCGCUGACCGUGGCCGCUAAGGACACUGACUGCACGGCGCAAACCAUGGAGGAACUGGAGCGCUCCCUCGAAGAGUGCAUCGCCGCGGACGAUGAUGAGGCCGGCGAACGGUUGUGCGAUCUGUUUUCGACAUUCCUGAACCUGCUCGAGUAUUUGCGGGACAAGGAGAAACCGGUGUUCCCGCCGCUACCACCACCGGGAGAGGAGGAACCGGUGCCGACCCCUGACCGGGCGACGCCCGAAGACCGAUCAAAGACGGAGCGGAUCUUGACGCGGAUCGACCAUGAACCGGGCCGUUGGUCGACCAAAGCGAUCCAGAGACAAUCGUACGAUCCGGACGGCAGGAUACUAACCUUUUGGACCGACCGACUUGGGGUUUUCGGGUUGGCCGCCCGUCGAUACUGUUUACUACCCCUUCGCCAGUGGGACAUGCGACGACAGGGACGAGUAGCCGAUCUGACCACCGUUAUCUCACUCCGAACCGGGGGGGCCGGGCUUGAAAUUGUGUUCUCCGUCACCGCCGGUGGCUACCGACUGCAGAUCGGCCAAGAACAUCGUGAAUCCCCCAAUCGGGAGGUCGUGGUCCCUCCACACGACGAGCUAUCUCUGGAGGAGCUACAGGAGCUUCUGGCCAAGCUCAAUCUGCAUCUUUUUCCAGAACCCGACACUUGCUUCUACACGGCCGGAAUGCCGGAAGGCGCCCCCAAGCACGAACCGAUGGAACUCCACAAUCUGCGAUGUUUGGCCGUGUUUUGUUUGACGCACCACUUUUGCCACUGCCUCUGGAACCGAUAUGCCGAUCGGCGAACGGCACUGGUUCGGUGCCGUCAGUUGAUUGAAGGUCGCCCGGAACCGGAAUUGGAAACCAUCAAGAUAACGCCUCUCGGGGUGCUGGCGGUCGAGGUGGAGGAGCUUUGUUCGCCCACCCUUGAGGAGAUCGCGAUGGCGUACCAUCCGCGUCCCGCGGACCAAAGCUACAACGCGGACUGUUACGGUCUGCUGAAGGGUACCCUUGAAGAACCCUCGCGGAAGGUGCUCGCUAAAACGCCGCCGAUGCUCCAGUGGAACGUUGGCCAGUUGCUGCAGAAGCUUCGGCUGCUCAGCUACUCCUGA